AUGGAUUAAGUAAAUGCUAUGCAGUAAUACAUAACCAAAUUAAAGACUGCUCUGACAGAUUUAUAAUAAAAAAAUAAGGACUUGGAAGUAAAACUUGAAUAGGAACACAAAUUAGUGUAAACACUGGAAGAAAAAUUAGAAUAUACAGAGAAAAAGUUAUCGAAUGAAAAAGAGCAAGUUGAAAUUCUAGGCAUCAAGGUUGAUGAAUAUGAAAAGAAAUUGAAAAGCAUAACUGAUACUAAAAAACCUAGUUUUUUAGGCAAAGUAUUUAAUAAUUCCCAAUUAGAUCAAUUGACAAUUAAACUUAAUUAAACUGAAUAAUCAUUAGAUCUCUAAGUCUAGGAAAAUGAAAAAUUACAUGCCUAGGUGUUCACUUUAAAAACUCAAUUAGAAAUAGUAGAAAAUAAGUCUGAAGAAGAACAAAAAAUAGCUAAAUAAAAAUUUUAGAAAUUGACUUUGUAUUAUUAAUAAGAAAAAGCUAAAAAUGUAGAUCUAGGGAAAUAAAUCUAAUAAUUAAAUCUAGUGCAAGCUGGAUUACAAUGUGAAAUCAAUCAAUUGAACCAAUAAAUCGAACAGUUGAAGAAGGAUAUCGAUAAUAAAUAGCAAGAAUUCAUGUCUUCACAAUAAUUGCUUGACAAAAAUUAAGAGGAUAUGAAGAAGUUGACUCAAGAUCUCACUAAUCUAUAAUAGGAUAUACGACAAUUAGAAAAAGAAAAAAAUGAAUUCUAGUCCUUUGUUCAAGAAAUAUAAAAUUAUGUUACUGGAUUGUCUAUUGAUCAAUAAUACUAAGAGUUAGUUAAUAGUUUAAAUGAAAUAAUGUCAAAAAUGCAUAAGCAAACUUAUGUGAAGGAACUAUUCUUACAGGCAAAACCAGGGAAUUAUGAAAUCUUUAAGUUAGCUUAAGAAAAAAUACUUAAACUUGGGAAAAAAAAUGAGCAAUUAAUUAAGUAGAAUAAAUAGUUACAAGAUAAAUUAUAAGUUUAAAAGAGUAAGUAAGAAUGA